GAUGAAGAUGUCUUUACUACGCGACGAGUCCGCUGGCAUAGUCAGUCGUCCGCACGCGUCCAGUGAGUUCGGGUCGGUUGGUCCUAACGCUAUGGUUAGCCAGCGGGAUCGCUUCCAUAUCAGUUGCUAUCUCAUCUCAAGGCAGCCGGCAGCAGUGUCGUUUCAUCUAAUCUAAUUUCAUAGUCAUUCAAAUUCUAUAUUCAAGCAAGUGCACGAACGCAAACGGGACGGUGAGUGAUCAGUGUGACGGUACGAUAGGUACACGUCGACGUGCUACCUCGAUGCCGGUGCCGUUGUGCUAUACCGCGUGGCGUGAAAUAUGUAAUACGUUUCAACAAAACUGUCCCCGGAGAAUACGGUGGUGAGAAGCGGCAGGCGAAGGAUUACAGUUUGGUUUCUACACGUUCCAACCACAUUCGGCACGCAAGACACGGUCUCAAAAUAGGAAACCGUUAUCGUUACCAUAACGGUGAUUCUUCGGUAAAUCUACUUUAGAAAAAAUGAAACCUCGAGCCCAUCACACCGACAGCUCUUCGAUCAAAUCGAUCAGCUCUGAAGACGUCAGCACACAGCAGCACUAUCAUGGAAACAUGUGCUGCAGUGCGGAAGCGAAGAAUCCGGCGUUCAAACGAGGUCGCCAACUGCAGCAAAUGCAGAUGAUCAUUCUUCCAUUUAUACCAAUCCUGGCACUGAUUGUGCAAACUUCCUACGAGAUGAUCGAGAUCGUUAGCUACCGCAUGGAGGUGACAGAGAUCGAAAACCAGGUUACCAUGGCGACGGACCUGGGAAAGGUCGUGACGCGCUUGCAGCAAGAACGUUCCGACGUGGCAUUCCAUAUCUAUACCAACGGGAUGACACUGCGAAGGAAUCUGAACGACACGUUUCUCGAAACAGAUCUGGCGCUGGACAACAUGUCGUCCUGGCCUGACAUUUCGAUACGCACUAUUCAACCAAACAACGGUGAGGUAACGUGGCUUAACAUGAGCGAAUUCCGCGAGACACUUCAGGAGUUUCGCGCCAACAUCAGCACCGAGGACAGUACAGUACCGCAGAUUUUGCGAUGGUACACGACCGCUAACGCAGCACUGUUGGAGCAUCUUACCAACCAAAUAAAGGAUGCGAACAAAAGCGGGGUGUGGCGGUUUCUGUUGAGCUUCAAGAAUUUGCUUCGUAGCAUCGAAAGCUUGGACAUAUCUUCGGUGUACGGUAUCAAUUACUAUGGUCGUGGAUAUCUCAAGCCCGAUUCAUACAUCAAGUACGUGCAGCAUGAUAUCCUCGGGCGGGACCUGUUGAAUGGAUCGCUUCAUUUUGUUCCAUCGCUGAAAGUGAUCUAUCGGAACAUCACACUCACGAUGCGAAGCUACGGCAACAUAACCCAGUGGAGCAAAACCAUCCAGAAGAACUUGCGACGAGAAGGAAACGUGGCUGAUGCACGUUCGUACUACGAGUCUAUGGCGUAUUACAUUGACGAACUGCGGAAGCUGCAGAGAGCGUUGCGGUCGAUCAUACGCAAUGAGGUUCAGAAAGUACUCCAGUCGGCAGACAACAUGGAAACCUUCGGCAUUGCCAUCCUGGUGGUCGUACUUAUUGUUUCUCCAAUCAUCAUCAUACUGGUGCGAAAUGCGGCCGCAACCAUACAACUGUACGCUAUUAAUCUGGCUCACAAAGCGAAAGAACUGAAACGGGAGAAGCGUAAAUCCGAUUCACUGCUGUUCCAGAUGCUACCACCAACGGUGGCCACACAACUGAAGCAGGCCCAAACUGUCCCCGCGGAGUACUACUCGGCAGUGACGAUAUUUUUCAGCGACAUCGUUGGCUUCACCGAAAUUGCUGCGGAAUGCACGCCAUUGGAGGUGGUCUCCUUCCUGAAUGCCAUCUACCGGAUGUUCGACGAGCGCAUUGAGUGUUACGAUGUGUACAAAAUCGAAACCAUUGGCGACUCGUACAUGGUGGCUUCCGGAUUGCCGGUGAAAAACGGUGGCAACAAACAUGUGGCGGAAAUAGCAACAAUGGCUCUGGAUCUAUUGGAUGCUUCCGGCUACUUCAGCAUACCGCAUAAGGCCAAUGAACCGGUACAGAUACGCUGCGGCAUACAUACAGGACCUGUGGUAGCUGGUAUUGUUGGUACAAAAAUGCCAAGGUAUUGCCUUUUUGGCGAUACGGUUAAUACUGCAUCCCGCAUGGAGUCUACGGGCGAAGCUCUAAAAAUUCACAUUUCUGCCGAAAUGAACGAAGCGCUGGUUAAGGUGGGAGGAUUCAAAACGGAACACCGUGGAUUGAUCGAUGUAAAGGGCAAGGGCCUGAUGGACACAUACUGGCUAACGUGCAAGGAGGGUGCAACCCCGAACAAUAGUCAUGGAGAGGUGGCUUGGUUUGCGGAUAUGAAGCCGGUGUAUUUAAAAAUAGUUUAAUGAAACACCAAACGACUAGCGACUGGCCUACAUGAAUUAAGAGAACUAGCAGCAGCAGCAGCAGCAGCAGCAGCAGCAACAGCUGCUCUUGAUAUGAUGAAAUUACCGACUGCAGCAAAGCUUCGGAAGCAUGGUUUAUUUUAUGAGUUGUGUAAUAGCCAAUAGAGAAAGGUUUAGAACGAGCAUGCAAAGCACAUGGAUCAGCUUGAUAGGGUAGAAGUUUUGUUUAUUAACAACGAUACAAAAUGGUGCAGUUAAUGUAUUGGUGUAACUUUUGUAACAAUUGGUGUACGAAAUCAAAUAUUGCGUUUGCUAUUUGGCCUGCUAUAAACAAUUCGGUACAUGCCUCGUAUUUAAGCAUAUAACAUUACUAACCGAUCAAUUUUAACCGCCAGAGAGUGUCCCACAUGUUCAAUGUAAGGUUUCAAAAACCCGUACAAAAAUAAAGAAAAAUAGA